AUGAUGCGGCUAAAUACAAUGAUCAAAGUCAUCCCUAAAACGGUUUUUAUUCAGAAGACCAGUUUUGUUCCUCCGCUGAUCAGAAAAUUUUCUACUAACAUAUACCUCUCAGCUCCUACUUACACCCUUCCUGAGCCUCCCUUACCACCUAAUAAUGAAGUCGUUUACAAUGCUUUAGGUGAACCAACUCUAGCUUCUCUGGGUUUAAAUAGCUAUUGGCCUUCCGGGUGGUAUCAAAGCUUAUUGGAGACUUUACACGUGCACCUAGAAUUACCCUGGUGGGGCGCUAUUGCAGCUUCAACUAUUAUUAUUCGUUUAUGUGUGUUUCCCAUCAUGAUCCGUCAACGGCGUCAAAUGGCCAACUAUACAAAUGUUAUUCCUCAAUUCACCAUCUUACAAGAACGUUUGACGCGUGCUAGACUCUCUGGAAACUAUAUUGAAGUGAUGCGUACUUCUCAGGAGAUGAACGAGCUCAUGAAGAGCAAUGAUCUGAAUCCACUCAAGACCUUUAAAUACAGCCUUCUUCAAGUCCCAGUCUUCCUUUCUGUUUUCACAGGAAUCCGGGGUUUAGUGAACCUACCAGUAACUAGCUUACAGACAGGUGGUACUGCUUGGUUUACUGAUUUAACAGCGUCCGAUCCCUAUUACAUCCUACCGAUUCUCUCCAUGAGUACACUUCUAUUGACACUUGAGACCAGUGCUGGAAUGAGUUCGCAACAGACACAAACAAUCCAGGCUUUCUUGAGAGUGCUCCCCGCUAUUGGUUUCGUCUUUGUAAUGAACAUGCCGUCGGCUUUGGUAUGGUAUUGGAGUGUUAGCAACAUGGUUUCUCUUCUUCAGUCAUUAAUUCUACGUCAAUCACGUGUUCGUUCUUAUUUAAACUUCCCUUCUAUUCAAGCACCUCCUGCAGCAAUAAAAAAGAAACGUGGUUUUGUUGCAGGAUUCAAAGAAUACCAGUGCUGGAAUGAGUUCGCAACAGACACAAACAAUCCAGGCUUUCUUGAGAGUGCUCCCCGCUAUUGGUUUCGUCUUUGUAAUGAACAUGCCGUCGGCUUUGGUAUGUCAUUAAUUCUACGUCAAUCACGUGUUCGUUCUUAUUUAAACUUCCCUUCUAUUCAAGCACCUCCUGCAGCAAUAAAAAAGAAACGUGGUUUUGUUGCAGGAUUCAAAGAAUCGCUAAAUAAUUCACGUUUGUUAGCGGAGUUGGAUUCAAGAGAACGAAUAGAUGCGAAGGCUUGGCAAAAAUCUGGUCACAAGGCUCCACCUGUUACAUUUAUUUCUGAUCCGACUAAACUUACAUCAAGUCUUGAAACCUUAAACUCUCGAAACAAAACAACAGACAGUGGAUCACGAGUACAGUUAAAAGGUAAAAAUAGCCUUAGUGGGUAG